UGUUUCUUCUCACUGUGCUUUCCAUCCCUUCAGUUAGUGAUUCUGUGUUUUUUUCCAGGAAGAAUUAUUGUUUUGUUAUUUUUCAAUGUAUUGAAGUGUGCUGUGAGUUAAGGGAAAGAGUUUGCCAUGAGCUGCUAGCGACUGACUCCUGUUUCGAAGGAAAUUUGUGGUUACCAUGAAGGAAAAUUUAAUCCAUCUUGCCCCAGUGCGUUUGUUCUCCUGAGAGCCAGGUAAACUACAUUUGACUGUUCCCCUAGGAUUAUGUCACCCACCAAGGUAACUUUCUGUUUCAGUAGGUGAUGUUAAGAAACAGAACAACACCCUCUAAGUUAAUCAGUUUUGGAAAAUAGAGACAGGCUUUCUAUCCCAGGGCUUUGAUGUAUUCAGUGGUUCCUGUAAGGAUCUGCCUCUCUUUUGUCUUGAUUGACAAGACCUUUCCUAUAUAUUUGAGCAAUCAAGCAGCCCAGUAACAGAGGGUAGACGUUUACCCAGAGCAAACUUGUACCACUCAUUGUGACUUUCUGAAGUCUUGGGUGAGAGUUUUAGCUCUAAAAGAAGAGUUAGCUCCAGCAAGAUCAGGUAAGUGUUUCUCCAUACUUGUAACUUCAGUCCAUGCGAGGGGAGGUCUACUUUUGGUGUUACUCAUGUUUUGCAUUUAUUUUGAAGAGACCAUUGGAACAAACUUCUUUAACACACAAGUCAAGUCUAGCAGUUGGGUCACGGUAAGGAAGAGUCUGAGAAUGCCCUUGAAGGGUUGGGUGUCUAAGGAGAACAAUGGGUCCAUGGAAUCCAUACUGGAGCCACUUAGAGAGAUUUUGAGCACUGUGUUGGAGUUGUGGGCAUUUACAAUUUCUUGGCUCAUUUCUCCUGAAAUGCUAAGAGCAAGGUCACUUUGAUAGUGAACAAUACAUUGUGGGCUGCCCCAUGGCAGGCAGCUGUAUCUGUUGAUAAACUCUCUUUCCCUUCCUUCUGCAGAGAAACAGCAUGAAGCUGGCAUACCUUUUCCUUGGCCCCAUGGCCCUGCUCCUCUUGGCUGGUUGUGGCUGUGUCCUCGGCACCUACAGCGGGGACCUGCGCACCUUUGUGGGCUGUGCUGUGAGAGAGUUUACCUUCCUUGCCAAGAAGCCGGGCUGCAGGGGCCUUCGGAUCACCACAGAUGCCUGCUGGGGCCGCUGUGAGACCUGGGAGAAGCCCAUUCUGGAACCUCCCUACAUCGAAGCCCAUCAUCGAGUCUGUACCUACAAUGAGACCAAACAGGUGACAGUCAAGCUGCCCAACUGUGCCCCGGGAGUCGACCCCUUCUACACCUACCCUGUGGCUGUCCGCUGUGACUGCGGGGCCUGCUCCACUGCCACCACGGAGUGCGAGACCAUCUGAAGCCGGCGCGAACACAGCUGGUGGCCAUGAGUCUCGCGGACCCACCUGCACGGGCAGCACAGCAGCUACAGCCCAUGAUUCAAGGACCGUGUAAUUCUGGCCACGCCUGUGGAGGAGGUUCCCUGUGCCCCAUAGGUCCUGCUCAGGCCCAAGGCCCAGAGGCAGCAUACUUACGCUAAAAAUGCGAAACAAUGUUUGUGCCUGCGCUGAAAUAAAGUCUCUGUUUCACACACCUGCAAAUUAAUUUUUCGUUACUUUGAAUCUCAGAACAUAAUUUGUAUAUCAUAAUCCUCCUCCAGUUUGGAUUUAUAAUAUGGCAAUGGUACAAAUGCAUUAGGUGU